UUUGGCAAGCCCUAAGGUUUUUGGAUUUAAAACGCAGGGAUCCUGACAAAGGUGGUAGAGGGGAGCUCUGAGGACCCUGCGCUCCCCUCCCUCCUCUAGGGGGCGCAGCCGGCUGACUCCCACUGGGUCCUCCUCGAGCAGUGCAGAGGCGGGGUGGCUUUGCCAACCUGGUCCUGGGGGAAGACUGUGCGCCCGGCUCCCGGGGAGCUGGGCCGGGCGUGGGGACGCGGGGCAUCUACGAACACAAAGGGCGUGGGGAUGCGGGGCAACUACGGGCACAAGCAAUAAGACCCGAUUCCAGGCGGGGAGUGUACGGAGAAUCAGCGGACUCGCUAGGAAAUGGCAAGAACCGCAGAAGUUUCAGAAAUGUGUCAGAAAGCUCGGGAGGUUCCUCCCUCAUCUCACCAACUUUUCCGCUUGGAAACAGCGCAGACCCCGCAAACGUCAGUCAAAAGGGAAUGCGGUUUCGAUUUCGCUUUUAGCCCAUAUUUAGCUGCCUGUAACAUCCGGAUUGUUUUCAAAACUGGUUUCCCUCUAAGCCCGCUGGACCGAGCGGUGGUGAGCGCGACCGAGAACUCUUCCCUCGCUGCAGAGCCUGCGCCAGGUUGCCAUGGCAUCGGAAUCUGUCAUGGAGGGCCCCAUUUGUCUUGUGGAAAAUAACGAAGAGCAGCUGACCGUGAAUUCCAAAGCCCUAAGCAUUCUUGGAGAGAUAUCCCAACCGGUGGUGGUGGUGGCCAUUGUAGGCCUGUAUCGUACUGGGAAGUCCUACCUCAUGAACCGUCUUGCGGGUCAGAACCACGGGUUUGCUCUGGGCUCCACAGUGCAGUCUAAAACCAAGGGCAUCUGGAUGUGGUGUGUGCCCCACCCCACCAAGCCAAACCACACGCUGGUCCUUCUGGACACCGAGGGCCUGGGGGACGUGGAGAAGGGUGACUCUAAGAAUGACUCCUGGAUCUUUGCCCUGGCCGUGCUUCUGAGCAGCACCUUUGUCUACAACAGCCUGGGCACCAUCAACCACCAGGCCCUGGAGCAGCUGCACUAUGUGACUGAAUUAACACAGCUGAUCAGGGCGAAAGCUGACUCCAGAGCUGAUGAAUUAGAGGACUCCAGCGAGUUUGUGGGUUUCUUUCCAGAUUUUGUUUGGGCUGUUCGGGAUUUCACACUGGAGCUGAAAUUAGAUGGACACCCCAUCACAGAAGAUGAGUACCUGGAGACUGCCUUGAAGCUGAUUCCAGGAAAAAAUCCCAAAAUCCAAAAGUCCAACUUUCCUAGAGAGUGUAUCAGAUAUUUCUUUCCAGUACGGAAGUGCUUUGUGUUUGACCGACCCACAAAUGACAGAAACCUAUUAUUCAACAUUGAAAAUGUUCCAGAAAGCCAACUGGAAAGGAGAUUUCAGGACCAAUCAAAAAAUUUCUGCUCCUAUAUAUUUACCAAUGGAAAAACCAAAACCCUAAGAGAAGGAAUCAUUGUCACUGGAAAUAGGCUCGGGGCUCUGGUGGAGAGCUACGUGAAGGCCAUCAACAGCGGGGAAGUGCCCUGCUUGGAGAACGCGGUGACCACUCUGGCCCAGCGUGAGAACGCAGCGGCAGUGCAAAAGGCAGCCGCCCACUACAGCGAGCAGAUGGCCCAGCGAGUGCGGCUCCCCACAGACACGCUCCAGGAGCUGCUGGACGUACACGCCGCCUGCGAGAAGGAGGCCAUCGCGGUCUUCAUGGAGAGCUCCUUCAAGGAUGAAAAUCAGGAGUUCCAGGAGCAGCUGGCGAGCACUGUGGAGAAAAAGAAGGAAGAUUUCUUGCUGCAGAAUGAGGCAGCAUCUACUAAAUACUGCCAGGAAGAGCUGGAGCAGCUCUCAGCGUCCCUAAUGGACAACAUUUCACAAGGAAUCUUCUCUGUUCCUGGAGGCCACCGGCUCUACUUAGAAGCAAGGAGGGAGGUUGAAAAGGGCUAUGAGCUUUUGCCCAGGAAAGGCGUUAAGGCAAAUGAAGUCCUCCAGAGCUUCCUGCAGUCUCAGACUAGUGUAGAAAACUCCAUCCUGCACUCUGACAAGGCUCUCACUGAUGGAGAGAAGCAAAUAGAAGCUGAAAGGGCCAAAAAGGAGGCAGCUGAGAAGGAACAGGAGCUGCUAAGGCAGAAAAACAAGGAACAGCAGGAAAAUUUGGAGGCCCAGGAAAGAAGCUUCCAAGAAAAUGUGGCUCAGCUAAAGAAGAAGAUGGAUGAGGAAAGGGAGAACAUUCUGAGGGAACAGAAAAUCAUGUUGGAGCACAAGCUGAAGGUCCAAGAAGAAUUUCUUAAGGAUGACUUUAAAAACAAAUCUGAAGCAUUAAAUGAAGAGAUACAGCAACUAAGAGAGCAAAUUAAUAGACCUAAAAGCAAGAAAUCUCGCUUUGUACGGUUCCGUAAUAAAGUCACUGGUCCUUUCCUACCACGGUAGCCUGGGGCUGGUAAAUACCUUAAUUUGGUUUAGGGAUGAAAAUGUGUGGUUCACAAUUGUAAUACAGUCUGAGAGUUUCUGUGAAAGAAACAAUAAAAAGAGACUUCUUUAAUUUU